AUGGCACGCUACUCUGCAGCUCCUGCUUCUGAGACCAAGUGCGCCAAGGCUCGUGGUUCCUACUUGAGAACUCACUUCAAGAACACCCGUGAAGUUGCCUUCACCCUUAAUGGCAUGAACUUGAAGAAGGCUUUUGGUUUUAUUGACAAUGUCCUUGACCACAAGCAAGCCGUUCCCUUCCGUCGCUUCAACGGUGGUGUCGGUCGUACUGCUCAAGGAAAGGAAUUCGGUGUUACUCAAGCUCGUUGGCCUGUUAAGUCUGUCAAGGUUGUCCUUGAUCUGUUAAAGAAUGCCGAAGCUAACGCUGAGUCCAAGGGUUUGGACAUGGACAAGUUGGCCAUCAAGCACAUCCAGGUCAAUGCUGCUCCUAAGCAACACCGCCGUACCUACCGUGCCUACGGUCGUGUCACUGCCUACUUGUCUCAUCCUUGCCAUAUCGAAAUCAUUCUUACAGAAGAAGAAGAUGCUGUACCCAAGGCUCAAGACAAGGUUGCCCGUGUCUCUUUGAAACAAGGUGCUAAGGCUCGUAACUUGGCUGCUCGCAAGGCCAUCACCUCUGCUUAA